CCCUGAAGCGCGGCUUCUUUAAACAGGUACGCGUCUUUCCCAUCUCCAGACUGUCCGGCGACCUCUUCUUCACUGUUUCUCAUGCAUAUUAUGGUUUCUGGCAGGAGCAGAGCCGUGCAGGGCCCCUUCGGAGCCACAGAGGCCUGUAGAGGGCACUUUCGUGUACUUUGAAGCGUGAAAACCGUCGACUGCGGAGACAGAAGAGGGCACCGUCGCUCCCCCAUCCACACGAAAGGGUGCGAAGACACUCGACUCCUGAAGCCGACUUUCUUGCUGCAUGAUGAUCCCUUCAGGCCAUGAGCUUGACUCACGCCCCACCGAUACCAGGCCCCUUCGCGCAGCCAGCCGCGGUGGCUGCGCGACCGGGCCCAUUGAUGUCACAGAUGGAUCCCAUGCCCGUGGGCAAACACGGAGACAUCCCCAGAUUCACCGUUGGACAGCCCGGCCAGCCCACCAGCAAGAAUCCGAAGAAGGGCAAGGGGGGCAAAGACAAGCCCCACCAGCCGGCGGGAGGCGCCGAGGGGGGCGGGGGCGGCAAGCAGCCCGCCCUGACCAAGGAGAAGGAGAAGCAGGACGCCAGUCGCAAGUGCACGACGGUCAAGGGUGACCAGUGUGGGUCGACGUCGAGCGAGGAGGGCUCGACGGGUUCCACCAACGACACCAAUACGCCGGUCAGCUGCUGCGACCACAACGCACCGAGCCACCUGACCCAGGGAGACUUCGUGGCCAUACCCCCCGGACACAUGGUGAGCGUGACAUGCCAUUCUGAGAUGCCAAUCGACGCAAUCAAGAAUCCACGUCCGCCUUUGCCUCGUUGUGUUGUGUUGUGUUGUGUUGUGUCUGUGCCUAUGCCUGUAUGCAGGCAACGUUCAAGCGCAUCCCUGGCGGCGACCCCCUCAUGAGUGGGUUCGACGAAGUGGGAGUGGAUUGGAACCUGCGAGACCCCGGCAAACGAGGGGGUCCCCCACUGAGUUUGAUGCAGGUCGCUGCCCUACACGGCGCCACCCAACUGGUCGACCAUCCCCACCAGGCAGCGAAGCAGCCGCACCAGGCAGCCACACCCAUGGCCGUGGUCGACGCCGGCCGGUGGGAGUUCGAGGGCACAGUACCCAUACCGCCCAACCUGCCGGCGCCCAGCACUCCCAAUGCCCAUCAGGAGGGGGCGGGCAGCACCAACGGUGGUGGGCCGCCUCUUGCAGCAGCCGGGGUGGCCCGCGAACACGGGCAGAAGCCGCCUGGCGGUGCGGGGGGGCAGCGUGACCAUGGCGGGGGAGGCGGAGAGCAGAAAGAAGGACCGUUCGACAAAGGCAAGCUGGGCACCAAGGCCUGCGUGGCGGCGGCGGCGGCAGCACCAGCGGCGCACCACAGCUGCCACACGGGGCAGUGCUGUCAGCAGCAUCGGCCGCCUGACAAGAAGGACCCCGGCGGCACCAACACGCAGCGAGACACAGCAGCAGACGAGCAUGCAGCCAAGAAACAGCAGCAGCAGCAGCAGCAACAGAAACAGCAGCAGCCGCAGCAGAAGGGCAUAGUGGUGACGGUGCCGCACCCCGAGGCGUGGAAGCCGCUGCGUGAGGACCUGUGGGAGGUGGAGAAGGCGUGUGACGACUUCGGCGCCCUGGCGACGGUUGCCGACGUGGUGCGCAUGGACACGGAGGUGUUUGACGACAUCGUCCUGUCUGUGGGCAACAAGCCCAAGCUCGACAUCACCGCCACCCGCAAGGACGAGACGCCGGCGUGCCUCAAAGGGGGCGGGGAGGGGGAGGAGAAGGAUGAUGAGGAGGAGGAGGAAGAGGAAGAGGAGGAAUGAGCAGUGAGUGAUUGAUUGAUUGAGCCAAUGGGUGAACGAACGACCAACCACCGAUCAUUGAUUCCACAGGUACAUACCAUACGCACAGACAGAGGCACAUCGAUCGCAUGAGUGAGUGAGUGAGUGAGGAGAGGAAGGGAUGGUUGGAUGGAUGGAUCGAGCCGGAGGGAAGGGAAGGGAAGGGACUGUGGCGAAAUGGAUGGAUGGCGCGUGUGGAUAUGAGUGUGGAUGGAUGGAUGGCAUGGGAUGGCAUGGGAUGGGUGGGCAGUGCAGUGCAGCGCGAGAGCAGGCGGGAGGGCGGGCAGAGACAGAGAGAGACAGGGAGACAGAGAGAGAGAGAGCACCCGAAGACAUACACCCCAGUCCAGGACCUCUUCUGUCAGACCGCCUCCAUCCCUUCCUUGCCAUGCGCUCACUCGCUCAAUCUCUCGUGUGUCUCUCCCACCCCCUCCCAUUGCAUUGCACCCAUCCCAUCCUCUCUAUCUACUAGCCUGGUGGAUGGCCUGCCUGGAGUCUGCAUGGCAUGUGUGUGGCGGGGCGGGAGGGGCGUCGCGUUCGUUAUUUUUGCAUCAAGACCGACCGACCGACCGACCGACCAACCAGUCAGAGCAUGCACAUGAAAUGGAUGGAUGGAUGCCGUGUAUCUAUCGUCUGUUCGCCUGAGUUGAGUCAAGUCAGCCGGACUGCUCGUAUGUAUGUCAUCUCACAUC